CCAAAGCAAAGGCAACAACAGGCAGCAGCUUGGUUCACUUUUAGAGACAUAAGAGUGGAUUAUACCCCUGAACACAGACAUGGCAGACAUAAAACCAGUCUCUGAGGUGGGAUGUGAUUCACGAAACUUGGAGCAAAUAAACGUCAGCGACACAGACCCAGAAGAAGAAGAAAAGUGCACAUGUGCGGGAGAAGAUUCAAAGGAGACGAGUGAGAAGAUCCCUUCUCUCCAGGAGCUGGAGGAGGUUUUACACUCAGCUCCACGCUCCUGUCGCCACGGAGAUGAGGUUUGGCCAAGCCUGUAUCUGGGGGACAUGUUUAUGUCUCAUGACAAACUCGGGCUGUGGCAGCUGGGCAUCACUCAUGUACUGAACGCAUCUCAUGGAAAACUUUGCUGUAAGGGCAGUGAUGACUUUUAUGGAACUACGGUGAAAUACUACGGCGUCCCAGCCAACGAUUUGCCAACAUUUGACCUUUCACCCUUUUUCUACCCUGCUGCUGAGUUCAUCCAUCAGGCUUUGACAUCAGGAGGGAAGGUGUUUGUUCACUGUGCUGUGGGCGUGAGUCGCUCGGCUGCGCUGGUCCUAGCCUACCUGAUGAUUCAACACCACCUCAGUCUUCUGUCCUCUGUGCGCUGUGUGCAACAGAAACGCUGGAUUUUCCCAAACAGAGGCUUCCUGCGACAGCUCAUAGUCCUGGACAGAAAACUGCAGGACGAAAGACUCUGGUGGUGAAGGGACGGUGGACGCAGUCUGUUGGAAGAGCACUUUGUGUUUGGGGAGAAUGUCAGGGAGC